AGGAAGAAAUCUGCUUCAUCUAAUUCAAUCAUAAUUCAGUCCUGCUAAUCUGCUAAUACUGUAGAUUGAAAGAUUUUUUGCUGUUGCCAGGAUACCCUGUAAUGGGCAAGGAGCCUGAGAGAAUACAAAUCGUUCUGUUUUUUUAAUUUUUAAAAAACUUUUGUUUUUAACAGGACCUGGGCUCCUGUUGAAAAGUGAUGGAAUAAUCUCUGGCCGGCACCUGACAUGUUGAGGGAGCACCCCUAAAAGAGCUUGCCUGCGAGACAGUUUGUGAAAUAACGCAGUAACAUGUUCGCAGUAACCAGCAUGUUUUGGAAAUUUGAUCUCCAUUCGUCAUCCCACAUAGAUACACUUCUAGAGAGAGAAGAUGUAACACUAAAGGAAUUGAUGGAUGAAGAGGAUGUUCUCCAAGAGUGCAAGGCUCAGAAUCGCAAACUUAUAGAGUUUCUGCUGAAGUCAGAAUGUUUGGAAGACUUAGUUUCAUUUAUUAUCGAAGAGCCACCUCAAGACAUGGAUGAAAAAAUUCGAUAUAAAUAUCCGAACAUAUCCUGUGAGCUGCUUACAUCGGAUGUCUCACAGAUCAAUGAUAGACUGGGAGAAGAAGAAUCCUUACUUAUGAAACUGUACAGCUUCCUCUUAAAUGAAUCUCCUCUAAACCCUUUACUGGCCAGUUUCUUCAGCAAGGUGCUAAGUAUUCUUAUAAGCAGAAAACCAGAACAGAUUGUGGAUUUUUUAAAGAGGAAACAUGAUUUUGUAGACCUCAUUAUUAAGCACAUAGGGACCUCUGCUAUCAUGGACUUGUUGCUCAGGCUACUGACUUGCAUAGAACCUCCACAGCCCCGGCAAGAAGUGUUAAAUUGGUUAAAUGAGGAGAGAAUUAUCCAGCGGCUUGUGGAAAUUGUACAUCCGUCUCAAGAUGAAGAUAGGCAUUCAAAUGCAUCACAGUCACUCUGUGAAAUUAUUCGUCUAAGUAGAGACCAGAUGUUACAAGUACAGAACAGUUCAGAACCAGAUCCACUGCUUGCAAGUCUAGAGAAACAAGAAAUCAUAGAGCAGCUGCUGUCUAAUAUUUUUCAUAAAGAAAAAAAUGAAUCUGCAAUAGUCAGUGCAAUCCAAAUACUAUUGACCUUACUUGAGACAAGACGACAGACAUUUGAAGGCCAUAUAGAGAUCUGUCCUCCAGGCAUGAGCAAUGCAGCAUAUUCAGUCAACAAAAGUGUUUUAGAAGCCAUAAAAGCACGACUUUCAUCCUUCCAUGAACUCUUACUUGAGCCUCCAAAA